AUGUUGAACGUAUUGUACGCUAUUGCCAUCGGAACAUUUAGUUAUUUAGUCUUAUCAUGGCUGGUACCAAAAGUAAUCGGGUACGUGCUAAAGAAGCUGUAUAAUAUAGAAAUCAAUGUUGGUCGUAUAAGUCUGCCAUGUUCACUGCGUGAUGUGACCGUCUGCAAAAGCGGCUUUUCUGUUCAAAUAGAUGAGAUUAGCCUACAGAGUAGCUUCGUGAACUCAGAUGUAUCGAAGCUGCUGUCGAUUAAUGUGCGCGAUGUGCGUAUCAACAAAGAUAUCAACAAGUUCGCCACAUCUGGUGGAGGUGGCGGAAGUCCUAUGGGCGGAGGCAAUACUGUCCCCGGUAGUGCGUCCGGUGGUGGCCAGAGCAGCGACUGGACUGGUUCACGUUCUGCAAAGACAAACGGCCAGCCUAAAACGUUGGACUUUCGAGAAAAGAAGGUUCCACCAAGGCUGCUUAAGUUCGCCCAAUUCAUGGCCGUGCAUAUCAAUAACGUUUCGGUAGCACUGUUGAACAGCGCUCAAGAACCUGGUUGGUUGUUGCAUGCUACCGCCAAGGAACUUCAUCUAGAUGGCAGCCUUGUACACAGCACGAAAUCGCUACUAGUUUCCGCUUCUCUGUGCGAUGCGCAAGCAAAGAUCUUACGUCACUGCAUCUCCACCCCGAAGCGGUUAGAACGAUCGCGAAAGACAUCUGACUUGCCUCAACCGUGUCUUGGAGAGCUAAGCUUCGGAAUUGCACUAGAUGGUGUACUAGUGGUCGAUGCACCUAUGUCUUUGGAAAAGCUAACUCUAGCGAUGACGACAACUAAGGUGAUUCUACACGGCGGCCUGUAUGAGUUUAUUAAGGACACUCAAACUCAGAAACGGCGGCAUCAGUUAUAUCUCAGACAGCAUAGUGUUCCGGAAACGGAAGCUGACAUGGGUAACAAUGGCCCAGCCGAUCAAUCAUCUGGAGAGGAGCCAUCUUCACUCUACGAUAGGUAUCAGCGUUUUGCUCCAAUUAUACCAAAAAAUUUCUUCGUGAAAAUCGAAAACACCACCAUCAGUGCAGUUCGUGAGAAUUCGUCUAACGAUUUCUCUGCUACACUGCAAACGUUCGCAGUAUCGAGCAAGUUCAGUAGUCCUCCAGGCAUGAGUGAUGACUGCCAGCUACCGAUGGUGUAUGUCGGAUUGCAGCUACAGCAGCUUGAGAUCGAUACAAUGCACGAAAAGCUACUGCUCCUACAGCAGUUUAGCGUUGACUCGAAACUAGAGGGCAGUCUGGUAAACAUAUAUUCGAAGCUUUCGUCCUUUGUGCUGAUUUACAAUCAUCGAGAGAUAUAUGGGUGGAUAAGUAAAAACUUUUUUACUGGCGAACGCAUAGCCAGACAGUUGAAUCCAAAGAGCCUGAAGCUUUCCGGCCUCGGAGUGCAAUGCCGUACGCGUCGAAAGUCGGAUGGCGACUCCAGCUUGCUAAAGGACUUCCUGAAGCGCAUCGUCAUCAAAGGAUGUGCGGAGCUGUGGGACAUAACGACGGUGUUUCGGUUCGGUCCAUCACAGGUUUCUUCAAUCUGUUGUAAUCACGUUAAGCUGCUACUCGAGCAGUUCGCCGAAAAGCGCAGCAAGGUGUACGAGAAUCGGAUGUUGAACUUGUUGCUUGAUCGUCGGCAUUGGAGCGCCGAGUUGCUAAUUGAGUCGGUCUGGUGGUCCUUAAGCUCAAACAUAUCACAUAAGGACAACGCGCAAAGUCUUAAAAAGGGUCACAUACGUGGCAGUCCGUUUUACAUUGCGAUGAGUUUGAGCAAACUAAGCAGUUACGGUGAUACGACCAAGUUGGACUUAUCAAUUCACACGUUUCGCGUGGAGUACAGCCCGACGCUUGCCGACUAUUUGGUACACACCAAGCGAUGCUUAGAUCAGUAUAGAUCAACUCCUUCCGUGGGUCCCCGUCAACCAACGCGUGAGCCUUCACACUCCAGCGGUAAAGAUCGAGGAAGAACGAUAACACGUGCCGAUCUGCUGAUCAACGCACGUGUCACGGACAUUUCGGGAUUUUUCUUCAAUCAGCACGAAACGUGUAUGCUGGCAAAUCUUAACGGAUUGACCGUGGGCAAGACGGCGUUGAAGAACUGCAUUCGCUUCGACAGCUUUCAGAUGGAGAUACUCGAUUUUCGACACAUCAACGGUAGCGAGUACAGUUCCGCCGAGCUGCAGAAUGUAUUCGCGAACGUGAAGGGGGUGAGAGUUGAACAUGUCGAUGUCGGAGGCGUCCCCAAGGUGGACGUUUGGCUACUUGAAGAUGCGAUUGUUAUGUGGAACACCAAUCUGCACAUGCACAUCGUCACGCUGUUGCAAGAGAUGAAGCAGCUUCGGGAGGAUUUGAACACAAAACCACCACCAGAACCACCGCUGGAGCUUCCCAUUCUUGAACCAGAGCGAGAUGCAUCCAGAAAAAGAUCACCAUUCCGCUCGAUGAUCCUUGAGUUAUACGCGGAAGGGAGCGUUGAGUUUGGGAUCAAGAUCAGCGAACGUCAUUCGAUGCAGGUAUUCGGAGAGAACGCGCUAGUACAUCGUAAAGGCCAGUGGAUGCUAUCGAUCGAGAAUAUCGUGAUAAAGAUCGACGACCAGCAUAUAUUCACGUUCAAGGACAUGGUUGUAGAGUCCUUGGAACGGGUGGAGCUGCUAUGUCAAGAGCGGCAAAAUUACGACCAUUUCCAGCUUGACUCUAAUCGCGUCUGGGCAACGACAAUAGGUGGUGUAAAGGUCAUUUUUCCAUACGAGCAUGAUUUCUACGGAGCGAUUGUGAAUGAGUUCGUUUCGAUUUACAAGUGGCUGAAAGUGGUACACAAUUACAAGAAGAAACCAUUCACAGAUAACACGCCGCUGCCCAGUGACAUGAUAAUACAGAUUAAAGAAUUUCUGCUGGAAAUGAGCGACGAUCCUUUCGAGGUAAAGUUAAGGGACAACUAUGUACUCCUGCUGGACGAGUAUCAUGAAAGCGUUAAGCGUAAGGAACUGUUUGAUCAGAAGAUUGCUCAGCUGUGCUCGGAGCGAUUAAUGCUUCCACCAGGCACACUCGAGGAGUUGAAUGCUAAUUUGAUUAAGAAAAACAGUGAAAUCUACAUACAGCGAUCGAAGAAAAUUUCGGAAUCUGGUCCACCACGCACUCGGCUCAUCGCUUGGAUUAUGACAGAUCUAGAGAUCAUGGCUAUGGCGGACCCUUCGCUGCAUGGUGCGGAAAAUGCAGUACGCAUGUUGCACAUGCUCGAUCCAGAGAGCCCAUGGCCAGACGAGGGUAUCGAAUUCGUUACACUAUGGGUUCGAGCGGUCAAUAUCGGUUGUACGGAGUGGAAAUUUAUGCUACGCGACUACCCACAACCUAUGUUCCACGUGAAGGCGAUGCAUUUGUUCGGCACGUUAGCUGGUGCUGAGAUGGCACCACCGAGGCGGGCCAAGCGUGACGUCGAGAUCGAGCUGGGUGAGCCAUUCGGAACGCACACGGUUCAGCGCAGUAUGACUUCCAUCAAGUUCUACCACGAUUUUAACUGGGAGCUGGACUAUCUCGCAUACGCAUUUGGGCCCUGCUGGGAACCCGUGAUGGCCCAGUGCAAUUUGAUGAUGGAGAAAAUUUCGGCACCGUCGCGCGACCCGAGUCCGCCACUACCGUUCUGGGAUAAGAUGCGAUUGCUCAUGCAUGGACAACUGUCAAUCAUCGCUAAACAGUUCACUAUCCUACUGCACGCGUCGCUUGAUCCUUACAACACUACGGAGGAGAUGGAACUGACGUGGAACAACUGCGGUAUCAUGUACUCGAACGCGCGGCUCAUGUUUAAAGGGGAUCUUAACAUUUACGUGCGAACAGCUUCGCGAUACGACGAUUGUCGGUUGUUGCAUCUGCCUAACUUAAAGCUGACGUUUAAGCUAAACUGGGUUUGUCUGGCGAAUCCUAACGAUCACCACGCGGUCGUUCCGUGCGCUCCGGAUAAGCUUCCCGAGUACAGCAGCAAUCAGGUGCAUGAUUCGUUCCGUGCUUUCCGCUCUCAGCAUCUGAAUAUCUGGGUAUCGUUCGAAAUCAAGCAGAAUGCCGCGUCGGACUACGAUAUUCCCAAUCUAGUGCUGUACGGGAGUACGCUGCGGUGGUUCGAAAGCUUGAAGCUGAUUCUGUCCGGAGUAACCCGUCCGACACGCCGUGGUCCGGUGUUUAAUAAUGUACGGCCGAGGAAGAAGCAGCUCAGCCGCCACUAUCGGAAAGCCAAUCUACAGAUGAGCCUGCAUCGGUUUCAGAUUUUCUACUGGAUGUCGCAUGCGCUAAAUCGAGGCUUCCAGCUGAGCGGAGGUCGCAUAACGUUCAGUUCGGAGCACACGCUCACACUUUUACCGAUCGACGAUGGCCUGAUCCACCGGCCUCGAGCCGAUUGGUCGGUGAUGUACAUGAACUGUGAGUUGAACGAUGCGGAGAUUUGGUUGCGAACCACGCAGAUCAGCAACGAGCAGCAACAGAGCCAACAGCAGCAACGUACGGAUACGAGUUCCGAGAGCCUUUCAAAUGCUAGCGGAGACAUUUAUCGAUACUACUUCCUCAGUGUGGCGAGGGUUUCGUACGGCCGGGAGGCACUGCUCUCUACGAACGGAAAGGACACUCCAACCCACAAGCUAGUAGUGUACGAUCUGAAGGGAGCCUGGACAAAGGACAAUCGGGAUGUAGCGUUCGCAUUGUUCGAUUCGCUCGUUAAAAGCCAAAAGCUGAAGAACAACCUCGCAACUGAAGCUCUAAAAUGUUUCCGCAAAGAAGGCGGAACAGGUGGAACCGGCGGAGGAUCAGCUUCAGGAGGGUCAGCCGAUCUGGGAACGCCGUUUAAAUCUAGAAGUCAGGAUCUCCACCAGAGCGGUGGCGGUGUGGCAGGAGCAACCGGUGGUGGUGCUGGUGGAAGUUCACACUUGAGUGGAAAGGGAAAAACGCAACAGUCGAGCGAUAGCAUGGCGAUGCUGCAACAGUUGAUACAGGAGGCGGAUCAUAAGCCGCUCGUUUACAGCGACGAUCAAUCGGUGCAGACAAGACAGCAACAGCUGAAAGGACUGCAGGCCUACCAGGAAGGUGACGUGUUGCAUUACAAUUGGGCGAUUUCGCUCGUAAACUCGCAGGUGUUGCUGAAAGGAUGCGAAACAUCUGGCUACGUGAUACUGAGCGCCGCUAAGGCGGAAAUUCUGCAGCGCGUCCAUCGACCGGUGUGGCGGGAUCACACGAUUGUCUCAAAAACGACCUGGGUUGGAUCGCUGGAGUGCAUGCAGUACUAUGCAACGGUCAGCGCUAACGAUGGCGAUUCGCACGAGAUGGCCGAGAUUAUGUGGCUCACAGUGGACAACAUUCAGGAGAAAGACCGUGACGCACCAGUGAUAAUCAGCGAACUACCGGAUGUGCCGCAUCUCGUGGGUAGCGGCCAGAGCGUCGGUGGUGUCGUCUCGGAGACAGUCGGUGUGCUUGGAGAGAGUAGCUAUGCCAGCGGCCAGAAACCACCGAUACAACUGCAACGCAUCGUGUCCCGGUGUAAAUGUGAAUUUUUCUACGUCAGCUACGGUGACACGAGCAUCGAUCCGGGCACAAUCAACGGUGGCGAAUUGUUGCCACCACCGGUUGAGGAAUCAAUGAGCCCGUGGGAAAAUCAGGACGAACCGGUCGACGCGUUUACGUUGAUGCACCACGAUUUGGACGUUUGCACUAACUCUCUGCAGUACGCGAUGAUCCUGGACAUUGUAAACAACCUGCUGCUGUACGUUGAGCCGCAACGGAAGGAAGCGCUGGAGCAGCUGGCACGGAUGCGCUUCCAGCUACAGCUUUACAGCAGUGAAGACCAGAAGCGUCCUAUCCAGCACCUGCAGACGGAGAUUCGCAGCUUGAUGUCGCGCAUACGGUGUCUAGAGAAGGACAUUCACUUCAUUACAAAGGCGCGCCUGGAGGAGGGUGACUCGGAAGACCUCCGUGUGGAGUACGAAGAGGUCCAUCAUGCGAUUCUGCACUUUAAAGAGCUUCUGACGACCAAAAGCGACGAGUUGGAUAUGAUGCUUUCGUGCUACAACGAAGCCCAACUGUCAGCCUCCAACCGACUGGCGACGUUCCGAAAGGACAAACCGGUCACGAUCGUUCGUGCUAACGAGAUCUGCUUCAAGCACGCUCAAUGGCGGUUAACGGAGGCGGACGGCCAAAUCGGUAUAGCCGAUCUGAUCCUGAGCAACUUCCUGUACACGAAAAAUUCUAAAAGCGACGACUCAGUGGAUCAUCUGCUGGAGCUCGGUUAUAUUCGGAUCUGUAAUUUGAUUCCGCGCGAUAGCUACACGGAGGUGCUGUGUCCAACCGAAAUACAGCGUGACAUGCCGGUCGAGCAUAAACGCGUACUGCGAGUAUUCUGCAGAGAGAAGCCACCGGUCGGGGGCAUCUCGGUUAAGGAACAUUUCGAAAUCAACGUCGUGCCGAUCACGAUUCAGAUAUCGAAGAAAUUCUACAACACCAUGCUGAAGUUUUGUUUCCCCGAUCGCGACGAAGCGGACGCAGUUGACGAACUGGACGGUGCGGAUGGAGGAGGGAGCACCUCCACCGCUAGCACCAGCGGAGCAGGAGGAAGCAGUUCCUCCGCCGCUUCCAAGGGUGGAGUGAAGAAGACUAACUCGUCCUCGUUGGCAAGCGCCGGUGGUAGUGGAGGCGCCUCGUCCUCUUCCGUAUCUUCCGUGUCCACCGCCGGAGGCUCCAAGUCGGCCGCCAGUGGAGGGAAGAAAGCUUCCAAGGACAGCAACUUCUACGUGCGCAUCCAGGAUGACGUGGAGAAGAUGAAGGAACGGGCUGAAAAGAACAAGCUAUUUAUCUACAUUAAGAUCCCCGAGGUUCCGGUGAAGGUGAGCUACAAGGGAAACAAGGAAAAGAACUUUGAAGACAUCACGGAUCUGGCACUGUUGAUACCGACACUUGAGUACCACAAUGUCACGUGGACGUGGCUCGAUUUAUUACUUGCGAUGAAAUCGGACAGCCGUCGCGUCCUUUUAUCUCAGGCAAUCAAGCAAAAACUGAAGCUAAAGAAAGCACUAGUCGACGAACAACCAUCACCACAGGAAGAAGACAAAGCUAAGAUGUUGUUCGGCAAUCGACACGCGCGCACCCGGAACAAGCCGGAAAACAAAAGCCUUCGAAAAGGCGUGUUCAAGUUCUCCAAGUCAUGA